AUGAGCCAUAACCAUCCUUAUAGACAACUUCAUUCGUCUCCUCAACCCGGAGUUUCGUCGCUGACAGUCUCAGAUACCAUGAAAUCGGAAGCCACCACAAUUAAAGAAGCUACAGUAGCUACACCACUUCCAUAUCCCAUUCAAGAGGGAGCCUUGAAUACCCCUAUGGUACCUUCUCCAGUGGGACCCAGUAAACUUGGAUACCCUCAUCAACAACAACCUUUAGCAGCACCACAAUUAUCGCCUCGUUUCACAACUACCGACAAUCAUAGGCCACUCCAAAUACAUCAGACAUCCUCUGGAUCUGUUCCUACUUUUGAGGGCACUACCCCACACAUAACUGAGUCGCUUUUGUCUGCUUCCUCUAGUGACUCUUCCAUUCCCCCGGUGGGAGGACAUCGUGGACCCACGCCUAACAAUAAUUCUGGAGGCUACUCUUAUCCUCCAAAGAGGAAUGGUGGAACUUUAUCUCCUAAUGCAACUGGAUCAGGAUCAGGCUCAGUACCUUAUCAUAAUGCAGCACAUUUAGCUACAUCUCCAUCAUAUGGUCCAAAUACUCCACCUCGAGCUUUUUCUUCCGCGGGCCAAUCACCUCCAUUCGUUGCCCUUUCGGCUACCUCUUCGGUAACCAAUUUAAACAUCACAAAUUCAGCCAACGGUGUUAAUGGCCCCUUUAGUAAAUCUGAGAACAAUUUAUCACUUGUGGCUAGUCCUCAGUUCAAUGCUAAGUUGGGCCAUAAUCGUUCAGUGUCUUCUGCAUCGUCCUUCAUGUACGACCGGAACGAUAAUGCAUCUUUGGUGGAUUUCAGUCAAAGUUAUAUUACUCAAUAUUUGGGUGAUAACUCUUCUAACUUGUUACCUCGGAUUAAAACUCUUCAGUUGUAUCAAAAGAAUGCCAAAAAAUCAAAUGAUCCUACUGUGCUUUUCCAAUAUGCCCAGUAUAUCUUACAAACAGCUUUGUUAUUAGAUUUGGAUAGUCAAAAUCAUCCGUCAUCUUCAACUUCUACUCCACCAAGAUCUUCACUGUCAAACCAAUUGAAUGUUAAGGCCCAUUCACGUUCAAAAUCAAGUAAUUCUUUAGAUUUGGGAUUGGAUACUGAAAAUGAUACUCAACUUGAUAUCAACGAAGCAAAAUUGAAGCGUAUUUUGCUUAAGGAAGCACACAAAUAUUUGCGCAGAUUGUCGGAUAAGGGCUAUUCUGAGGCUCAAUAUCUUCUUGGUGAUGCAUAUUCAUCUGGAGCUUUUGGUAAAGUAGAAAACAGGGAUGCAUUUGCACUUUUCCUUCAUGCCGCUAAGCAUGGUCACACAGAAUCAGCUUAUAGAGCAUCACACUGUUACGAAGAAGGAUUGGGAACUGGAAGAGAUGCUCGUAAGGCUAUUGAGUUUUUAAAAAUGGCUGCUUCCAAAAACCAUUCUGCAGCCAUGUAUAAGUUGGGUAUUUAUUCAUUCUACGGUCGCAUGGGAUUAGGGAACGACAUCAAUACCAAGAAAUCAGGUAUCAAAUGGUUAACUCGUGCUGCCAAUGUUGCUACUGAGCUUACCUCCGCUGCUCCAUAUGAACUUGGUCGAAUUCAUUUUCAAGGGUUCCAAGAUAUUGUCCUUCCUGAUGAAAAAUAUGCGUUGGAAUUAUAUUCACAAGCUGCAGCUUUAGGUCACAUCCAAGCAGCUGCAAUUUUGGGACAUAAUUAUGAAGUCGGAGAGAUCGUUGCCCAAGAUGCAAAUUUACUGAUUCAUUAUUACACCCAAGCAGCUUUAGGAGGCGACGCGGAAUCUAUGCUUGCCAUGUGUGCUUGGUAUUUGGUAGGUUCUGAACCAUUUCUUCCUAAAGAUGAAAGUGAAGCAUUUGAAUGGGCGCAUCGUGCAGCAUUAUGUCAAUUACCAAAGGCUCAAUUCGCUUUGGGAAACUUUUACGAAAAGGGUAUUGGUUGCAUUAAAAAUAGUAAUGAAGCUCAAACUUGGUAUACGAAGGCAGCUGAAAAUGGAAGUGAAAAGGCACUUAGUCGUUUAGUCGACAAAGAUCUUGCCCGUAAGUUAGAGAAGAGGUUAAAAAUUUCCUCCAAAGAAGGCUCACCUGGUAAGGAUGCAGCGAAGGAUAAGGAUUGUGUUAUUGCUUAA